AUGGGAAGCACUAUGGAUACUAGCAAGGUAUAUAAAUUACAAAACAUCGGCACCAAUGGCUAUCUAGAUACCUAUGGUGGAUACGAUAGAGCACCUGACAGCCCUUGGCACAAUGGCGGCAGAGUCCAAAUCGGCAAUAUUGAUGUUGAAGGGCAUCAUAAGCACUGCACCAAUCAAUUGUGGAAAUUAGUUGAUUACGAAGAUAAUAAGUACAAGUUACAAAAUGUUGGCAAUGGAGGUUAUCUAGACACAUAUGGUGGAUACGAAAGAGACCCUGGAAAUCAUGAUUGGCAUUAUAAUGGAAGAGUUCAAAUAGGUUAUGAUAAUGUUAGUCCCCAUCAUCACUGAGAGUUUAAUAAUCAAACUUGGAAAUUUAUUGACCAAGGAGAUAGCAUAUACAAGCUAGAGAGUUGUAUGGGAGGUUAUUUAGACACUUAUAGUGGUUAUGAUAAAGAAUCUGGCGUACAUGACCACUCGCACCACGGAGGCAGGGUCCAAAUCGGGAAAGUCGAUUGUACCCCUGAUGAUGAAGUAGGCUUUGCCAAUCAAACUUGGAGACUCAUAGAAUGAGGAACUGUAGAGGAUUAUUAUUCCAGAGUAAAUGAAACAAAUUGGAUGAAGGCUGUUCCUGACUAUGUUAACAUUAGUGAAUUAUCAAUCCUUGGGACUCAUGACUCUUGUGCUCGCCACAAUGGUCAUUCAUUCGGUUUUGCAAAAUGCCAAGAUAAAGGUUUGAGAGAACAACUAAACAAGGGAAUCCGUUUUAUUGACAUCAGAGUAAAACGGACAAAGAAGAAAGGGUUAUGUGUGUUCCAUGGUGAAGGUUGGAAAGGCAAAAUACCACUCUUUGUAGAUCAAGAGAAACAUUUUCGUGAAGUCCUGGAAAUUUGUCAUUCUUUUCUCAGUGAUAACCCAAGCGAAACAAUAUUGAUGUCUCUGAAAGAGGAGGAUGUGUUUAGUAAUUUGGAUGAUUUUAAGCAUCAAUUCAACACUGCAGUUAAUCGUAUGGGCGAAUCUCUAGCUGGGAGAUUUCUUGAUAGUACAUCUUCUCCUAUAUUAAAAGAUGCAAGGGGCAAAAUUGUUCUUUUUAAAAGAAGUGGUACACAACAUGUCGAGAUUUCAGGGAUAGAUAUCACUGAUUUUGAAAAUAAAUGGAGACCAAACCCAGGUGAAGGCAAACUUUGGUAUAAUGUUAGUGACAGAUAUGAACUUUAUUUUAAAGGCUUUAAUAUGAAUGAUAAGAAGGAGGCAGUAAGAGAGCAUAUUCAAGCUGCACUAGACCAUCCAGGAUCUAUUUUCUUCACCUUCUUGAGUGCUUUUAAAGGAAGCCCAGUUAUUCCUGGUAGUCUAACCCCUAAUGAGGUUGCGAAUAGCAAAAACGGAAUGAAUUUAUAUGCAACUAAGCUAUUUUAUCAAAUGACAGAUGAUUCUUUUGGUUUUCGGACUCCUUCUGUUUCUAGAAAAUUUGGUAUCAUAGCAAUGGACUUCUUUGGUGAUAUAAUGCCUCAUCCACGUUCUCGCCAUUAUCGCCCAACAUGUGAAAUGGUCGCUCGCAUAAUAAUCUCAAAUCCUGGAGUCUCUUCAUGGUGGUAGUCAGACAAAAGUGGUUAUGAACU